AUGGGCGGGGGCGCAGGUCGUGGCCCCGCGGGCCCAGCUCAGCGGCGGGCGGCCAUGGAGCCGCAGGAGCAGUCGGGGCGGGCGGACGCCGCCGAGCCCGGGGCGAGCCCGGACGGGGCGUUCCAGGCCGUGGUGCAGCGGACGCAGGUGCUGCUGCUGGCCGGGGAGACGUGGGAGCCGGACCGCGCCCAGGCCGCGCUCAGCUCCUUCGCCCACGAGGUGCUGCCCGUGGCCCGCCGGCCGCCCAGCCCCGCGCCGCCCAGCGCGCCCCCGGCCGGGCAGCUCAUCUUCUUCCUGUGCCGCGCCCCGUCGCUGCGGGGCCGGGCCGAGCGGCUGCGGGAGGUGCUGCGGGGCGUGCGGGAGCAGAGCCGCGGCGCGCCCGCCGCCCUGGUGGGGGUGAUCGUGCAGCCCCGGCCCGAGGAGGAGGCGGAGGCCCGCCGCCGCCUGGAGGAGCUGCUCCUCGAGGUCUUCCAGCCGCCGGGGCCGGGCGCCGCGCCGCGGGUCGAGGUGCACACGGCCGUGUUCCGCCCCGGCCGGCCCGAGGGGGCCCUGGAGGUGAAGAAAGCCGCUUGCGAGGCCGUGCGGGAAGAGCCAGAAGAUGCUGUUUGGGUUUCACGAGCCACCCUCUUCAAAGUCCUGGGGGCGCUCUGCGUGGCAUGCGCUGGUAUUAUCGGAAGCCAGUACAUGAACAUUCGCACCUGAGACUGGUUCCCAUCGGGCCUGCUCCCUGCCUACAGGCCGCUGUCCAUCUGGAUCUUAACUACCAUCCAAAAUAAAAAACAUCAUCAUGUAAUAUUUGUGUCCGUACCUUUACAUUUAAAAUUAAAAUAUUUAUCACACUUUAAAACAUGAAUAUGCAGCAGUCACAUUUUAGGUCUGACUCCUCGGAACGAAUGUCUUUGCUCUAGGAAAAAUGGGAACAUGUUUGAGAUUCUUCUGAUAUUUCCACUAUUUUUCACUUUUUAAAUGUCAAUUUUCAGUCCCGUGGUUUUCUCCGAUCACACUAGCCAAUCUUGAUAAAUGCCGUUAUUGACUUCAACAUAAAACAGAGCAGAUUACUAUAGCACAUAGCAGCCACCACCUUCAUCACAGAACACACAAGACUUUGAAUACGCUGCCUUCAAGGGUGGCUCAAAACUGUUUAUUCACCAAACAGACACAGUUUAAAUAUGCCUCUUUCCAUACUUACCUCUGUAAAACAAUCCCUCAACUGGUGGAAAGACCAUCACAAUGUGUGCACAGGAGUUCUGUUUGCACAUCCUUCCCCAACGGUCGUCAUAAUGAUGGACAUCUCUCUGUUAUGGUGGGGAAUGCAUCUAGACGCUCACAUGACCCAGGGCAAGUGGACAUCACAAGAGGUGAUGCUGCACAUCAGCCUCCUGGAACUCAGAUUGGUCAGAUAUGCCUGUCUUCAUUUCCUACCACUGCCCAGAGCGAACACAUA